AUGACUCAGCAAAAAACAUCAUUCACAAUCACAAGCCCCUUUCGAACUGCACGAGGCGAGAGCCAUGCGAGUUGCUCGCUGAGACGUUCCUCAAGAAAUGCCAUUACAGUUAAGGUUGACGGCGGACAUGGUUAUCGAAACUUAAUUGACGACCUAGUUCUGGGUCAAGGCCUCGGUGACAACCUUCGAGAAGGAUACUUGGAGAAUGUAAUUAUAUCGGGGCGCCCUGGAACCAACAACCAACUCUCGGUUCUCGGUUCUCAGGUACAGGCAUUUAUGUAUGUACAGAACCUUUUGUGA